ACAACUCCAUUAUGUGGUUCGCGCCACUAUAAUCCACUAUAAGCUGAUACAAGAACACCGUUCUGUUCUUGACUGGAAAGAACUCUCCUAAUACGAAACAUGACAUCGGUAAGACAUCAUUGCGGUAACCACCAUCGGCUGAUUGAGUGAGAUCACCAUAUCAAAGGGAGGGAAGCGAAUGUGGAAGGCAUCAGCUGGCCUUCUCAGCACAAGAAGAAGACCCGCACACACGCGCACGGAGCAGCAGGAGGGACGGGGCAGAGGUGGCGAUCAAAUUUCUCCGAUUUCGAUAAGCCCACAGAACGCCGGCUAGCUAGCAAUAUAUAUUUUCCUUAGGCCGAGAAACCCAAGGUGCACGUGUGUGUGUGUGUUUCUCGGAGCAAGUCUCGCUUCUUCUUGACAAGCGAGAUCGUGAGGCACCUGGCAGCAGAGGUCCCAAAACCAGGGUGUUUGAAGGGAGUAACUAGAGAUACAGUUCUCUACAGAUUUCGAUAGGCGUUUUCUGGCUGGAGUGUUGUUGUUCGUUCACAUAUCCCGUCACCCGCAGCUAAAGGUAAUAUCCAGAACGAGCCGCCCUUGACUUUGGAUUAAACGAUCCAGGCAAGAUGGUUUCCGUAGCAGGGAAGAUUUUCAUAAUAAUCCUUUUUAUUAUAGGAUUUCUUGUAUGGUAUAAAAAGUACAAGACAAGUCCCUGGUAUCUCAACAGGUUGUGGAAGACAAUGGACGAUAAUUUAAGGAACACUAAGAUUCUAUUAUUUGCAAGCCUUCACCAAAUGAGAGAGAAUCUCAACAGAGACCUAUUGAUCCUCGAGGUGGGGUCUGGAGGGGGGACGAACUUCAGGUACUACCCUGACGGAACCAGAGUCGUCUGUCUCGACAUCAACGCAGAAUACUUUAAAUUUGUUGACGAGAAUCUUAAAUCUCAAAAUACACAAGUGGAUGUGAAGGAUUUUAUAUGUUGUAAUGCCGAAAACCUAAGCCAGUUUGCGGAUAAUACAUUCGACGCCGUAGUUUCCACGUUUGUGCUGAGCUCUGUACGCAAGUCCACGAGCGCUGUAGAGGAAAUCAGGAGAGUUCUCAACAAGGAAGGUGCAUUCUUCUUCAUCGAGAACGUGUUUGGAAAGAUAGGCGACAAGGCGAGGGUGGUUCAGCGUGUCCUGGCUCCCUUCUACCCCUUCCUCUUCGACGGCAUAAAACUCAUGGUCAACACCGACGAGGUUAUCACCAACUGCGGCUUCUCCAAGGUUGACUUCAAGCGGAUCGAGUUCGAACCCCCAAUUCCGCUCCUGUUCCCUCUCAGAUCCGCCAUUUGUGGAUCGGCCACAAAGUGAAGUCGUUGAUGCGUGGAGGCGUUACGUUCCAUCAUGUUACGUCAUUCGUGACCUACUUUCAUGUCAGCUCAAGAAGAACGACCUGGUGGUAAUUUCUCGUGCCAAGGUCAUGGUCGAGGUCAAGGUCAAGGUCGAAGACUGAGUUUGAUGAGUUUGAAUCCAGAUACGUGUUAGAAGGACUGCACUAUUUGGUGUUCAUGGUGAAUGUGUCUUCCUCCCCGUGUUUCCCCCCCCAUUUGAAGGAUCCCCGUGCGAGUAAACGAAGCAUAAACUCGACUGAGACAGGAGUACGUUACGGAUACACACCCAUUGCUCCAGUAUACCAUUCAACCUAUCACAUUUCCUAUUGGAGUUUCUAUAGCAUAUAUGCUGCAGUGUAGUAGGGCUUUUACUGUUGUGUUGUGCUAAAGAGGAGGUUCAACUUACUCUAGGAUGGUUGGCUGCUUAUUACAGUUCUUCCCAAUACCAGAAUAUAUAUUACCACUGACAAGUCAUGUAUAUAUGUUCCAGAUAUGUGCUUAAGGCUUGCUUUUAUGAAUCUGGGGCUCACGAGGUUUGAAGAUCAUAAAUGAAAGCUAUGAAAGGUGAUAUGGAUGAACACUAACUUGGCGCCAACAAAACAAACAAUUGCUGUAUUGAUAUGAGUUUGAGUUUUUUGUAGUUUUUGUUCAGGAGACUGUUGUAUUACCUGGAAUAAAACCCCAUGUUCAUCA